AUGUCCACGGACAUUUACGAAGGUUUUAACCUGUACAUAUCGGCUGAAAAGUUCUAUCUAGAACCUCGAGAUCGGGAUGGUAAACUGCUGUCGUCAGAAUACCUUGAGAUCGAUCGCCAUACAAAUCACAUAAAAGUGUCAAAUGCUUCUAUACAACGUAUUCCAUUUAUUGAUGCUGAUAUUCUGUACAUUCAUGGUCUACUAGGUAUUAUCCCUCUAGUCUCAGGUAUGGCACUGAUAGUGAUCAAAAAAUCUCUUUUGGUUGGCACGCUAAAUGGCCAUUAUAUAUGGACAGUUACUGAGACGGAUAUUAUUCCAUAUAAGAAGACAACAUUGCACUUGACAGAGAAACAGAUAUGGUACAAUCGCCAUUUUACGGAAAUGCUUCAAAGCGUUAUUGGAAGUAGCGGAUUUUACUUUUCCUUUUCACUAGAUCUGUCGCGUUCACUUCAGUGGUUGAGUGAGAAUGGUACCCCGUUGUUUAAACAAACGUCAAUGAUUGAUCGGGCUGACGAUCGUUUCGUUUGGAACGCCUACCUGUUGUCUCAACUUCGUUCAACUCAACAUUUUUCCAUUUCUGGAUCGUUUUAUACCCUUUUGACCUCUCGAUUUUGUUUACCUGUUAUUCAUGGUUUCUAUGGAGAAACUCACCAUUGCAUUAAUGGACAUCAAUUUAAACUAUCUCUUAUUUCGAGACGGAGCAAGUACAGGUACUUAGUUUAUCCAGUUCACACUAUUUUUCUAAUCGAUUCAGAGCCGGAGUACGUUUUUACAAUAUGGAUGGGCAUCCUGCCAAUUUUGUGGAGACGGAGCAAAUUGUGGAAACCAUAUCUUCUAGAGUUACGUGGCUCAAUUCCUUUGUUGUGGUCUCAACGACCGAAUCUCAAAUGGCAACCCGCACCGACGAUGAAAGCAAAUGACGACCAGCUUGGUGCAUACGUAAGACAUUUCGAGAACCAACGUAAAACCUACGGUGGUAAUCAUGUAAUCGUGAAUCUAAUUAGUCAAGCGGGACGAGAGAAGAAGAUCGGUAGUGAGCUUGAACGUAUCGUUAAACAAGCUAAUCUCAGUUUUGUACGGUAUAAUCCUUUUGAUUUCCACAAAGAAUGUCAAGCCUUGCAGUGGCACAGAUUGUCCUUAUUGAGAGAUCAAUUGCGAUUUGAAAUCACUAAAUUCUUUGCAUUUUCCCUGGAACACGCAGAGUCGGAUCUUACUCAGCGAUCUCAAACAGGUUUCUUCCGAACUAAUUGUAUGGACUGCUUGGAUAGGACAAAUGUGGUGCAAGCCAUGAUCGCGCGAGAAUCUUUGACGGAGCAGUUGCGAUACCUCAAAAUUUUAGCAGGGGAUCAACGAGUUGAGACGUGGCCGGAACUGGAAACGUUAUUUAAGCAUUUAUGGGCGGAUAAUGGCGAUGAAUGUAGCCGUCAGUACGCUGGAACAGGUGCUCUGAAGGCCGAUUUCACUCGACUAGGAAAACGUACUUACAUUGGCGCUCUGAAUGAUUGUAUCAAUGCCAUUACACGGUAUUUCCGUAACAAUUUUGCUGAUGGAUACCGACAAGAUGCGAUGGAUGUUUUCCUAGGAAAUUUUGUGAUUGAUGUAAAUAAUUUACCAGACAGCUUGGAAGCUACUUUAAUUUCACUCGACCAGAACGGCAUUGCGCUCUUGGCCGCGUGCUUCGCAAUGGCAAUGACAAUUCUGUGCAUAUUAGUUGCAGAAAACAUUCCCGCCACUCUCUUCUGGCUUGCCGUUUUUCUGGUUUGCAUGAUGUUCAUAUUCUUAAAUGGCGAAGAGUUCGUAAAUGCUCCUAAGUUAAAGAAAGAUUAA